AUGCUCGGGUGGCGGUGUUACGCCAAGGUGUUUUCGUUGUUGGCGCCGAGUCGAUCGAGCGACAACGCGGCGAGCGACGACGUGGAGUGGGGGGAGUUUUAUCGCGUGUUCGGCGGCGUGGCUGCGUUGUGCGUGGCGUGCGCGAUGGCAGAGAUGAUUCAUUACGGUGGCGGCGACGCUUCGCUCGAGUUUUAG